AUGAUGCACUACAAAGAGGAAAAAGAGGCAAAGAAAGAAGCUUUUAGGAAGUACUUAGAAUCCAGUGGAGUUCUUGAUGCCCUCACCAAAGUUCUGGUUGCGUUAUAUGAGCAGAAUGACAAACCUUCCUCUGCGCUUGAGUUUGUUCAACAAAAGUUAGGGGGUCCAUCUGUGUCAGAAUAUGAAAAGGUACAGGCUGAAUUAUCAGAGUUGCAGAAAAAGUAUAACACACUUUUGGCAGCACACCAAGAAACCUGCACUGAGCUAGAGGGACUUAAGAGCUCACAAGUACUUAAUGUGGCACCAGUUUCUAUCAAAGACAAAGAGACCACUGAUGAGGAGGCCCUAAAGGAAAAGUUCUAA